GUGUGAUGUAGCGCAUGUAGCGGGUGGUGCGCAGUGUAGUCAAGUGUAGUGUUGUUGAAAUGUAAUGUAAUGCAAUAUAUGAUAACAACGAAAAUUAUUCAAAAUCCAUAUUGAGCGUAAUAUUCGUAAAAUUUUUAAAUAUAUGUUUAUAACGUGUACAUACAAAUUUAUUUGAAAAAUGCCAGAAUUACCACGUAUUACAAGAUCAUUGCGAAUGUUUACAAAUCUUGGUCGCAUCAAGAGUACAGUUGAAUUAGAACCAAAUGAUCUAUUUAAAAAGCAAACAGAAGAAAUUAAUAAAUUGAGAAGUGAAUCAACCUGGAAGGAUUUACGCCAAACUGUACCUAAGGAUGCUCUACCUUAUCUUAUUAAAUUACAUAAAAUGAUUGAACAACUAUUUGAGGAGGGUUCUUCUGAACUCAUCAAUGAAUUCCUAAUCUUUGCUUUACGUUUAUUAAUUGAUGAAAGAUUAUUAACUAAUGCAAAGUUUCAAAUUUUAAAAGAAAGAGCAGAAAAUUUAACUCAUAAAGAUGCUAACAUGAUAAUGGAGAUAAUUGGUACGCUUCGGGAAAAACUGAAUGAAGAUACUAUAACACUUUUGAAAAAUGAAAAGAAAGACAUUAAUACUACUGAGAUAUUAGAAACUGAUUUGUUUGGUUCAAAAUUUGCAUAUAAUCCUCCAAGAGUAUUAUGGCCAGAUACCGAAGCACUUCGUAAUAUGUCCGAAGGAAAUAUAAUUCAAAAUGCUGACAACUUUACAAUGAAAUACAAGAAAGAAAUUCCAAAACCGUUCAAUAUGAAAUUUGAUGAAGCAACAUAUAAAAAGAAUUUGAAUUUAUGUCACCAGAAGUAUAUUUUGGUCAUGAGUUUCGACCAGUUUGAAGCAGCUAUAAUCAACAAAUUAAAAGGCUCUAAGAACCUACAAAAUGAGUUAUUUGAUUUCUUGGGUUAUGAAAAUAUAGAAUUUGUACAGUACAUUAUUCAGAAUCAGAAAAGCAUUAUGGCUUUAAAGUCUAGUUCAAAAACACAAAAGCAACCUAAUAUAGAAAGACCUGUAAUCGGUGGUCAAGUAACUGUACAAUCUGAGAAAGAAAAACAAGCACUCAAACAAAUGCGGAAAGAAGAAAAGAAGUUAAAUAAAAUAUCAAAUAAAGGGAAAGGAGAUUUAGAAGAGAAUAACUUUGAAUCGCAGGAAUUAUAUUUAAAAAGACAGGAAGUAUUGGUAGAAAUGAAUAAGCCUAUAUUUAAAAAGGAUAUUGUAGAGAAACCUAUUUAUCCAUUUGUUUUUGACUCUAAUGUAUCUAGUGGAAGUACGUCUUGUAUAUCAGGAAAAAAAAUAAUGUUACCACAAAAUGUUGUGAGAAAAGAUACGCAAAUGUCUGAGGAAGUUCACAUACCUAUUCCAGAAUCACGACCAAUCGAUAUUGACUACGAACCUAUUACGGUAUCAUCGUUAGAUGAUAUUGGGCAAAUGGCUUUUAAUGGUAUAACAUCAUUGAAUCGAGUACAGAGCAUAGUAUUUAACACAGCGUAUAAUACUAAUGAAAAUUUAUUAAUUUGUGCACCGACCGGAGCUGGAAAAACAAAUGUUGCUAUGUUAACUGUUGUACAUCAGUUAAAACAACAUAUAGAAAAUGGUCAGAUAAUGAAAGAUCAGUUUAAAAUAAUUUAUGUGACACCUAUGAAAGCUUUAGCAGCAGAGAUGACAACGAAUUUUGGUAAAAGACUUAAAUCUCUUGGUAUAUCGGUACGCGAGUUGACUGGAGAUAUGCAAUUAACUAAAUCAGAAAUUCAACAAACACAAAUGAUUGUCACAACGCCAGAAAAAUGGGACGUUCUUACUAGGAAAGGCACUGGAGAUAUAUCUCUUACUAAUAUUGUUAAAUUAUUAAUUAUCGAUGAAGUACAUUUGUUACAUGGCGAUAGAGGGCCUGUGGUAGAAGCAUUGGUGGCUCGAACUUUAAGACAAGUAGAAUCUUCCCAGAAUAUGAUAAGAAUUGUUGGACUUUCAGCAACUUUACCAAACUAUGUAGAUGUUGCAAGAUUUUUAAGGGUGAAUCCUUUGGUAGGACUUUUUUAUUUUGACUAUAGAUUUCGACCAGUGCCACUCAGUCAAACAUUUAUUGGUGUAAAAGCAGUAUCUCCUUACCAACAAGCAAAACACAUGGAUCAUAUAUGCUAUGAUAAUGUGAUAGAAAUGGUGCGCAAAGGACAUCAAGUGAUGGUAUUCGUACAUGCACGUAACGCCACUGUUAGAGUGGCAAAUGUUUUAAAAGAAUUAGCUCAACAAAAUGAUAUGCUGAAAUUAUUUCUAUCCGAAGGUCAUGCAAAAUUUAUAAACAAAGCUUUCGCUAAAUCACGUAACAAACAUUUGAUUGAAUUAUUCAAUAACGGAUUGUCUAUACAUCAUGCUGGUUUGUUACGUUCAGAGAGAAAUUUAGUUGAAAAAUAUUUUGCUGAAGGACUGAUCAAAGUAUUGGUAUGUACAUCAACCUUGGCUUGGGGUGUAAAUUUACCUGCGCAUGGAGUUAUUAUAAGAGGAACAGAAAUAUAUGAUUCAAAGCAUGGUUCAUUCAUUAAUUUAGGUAUAUUGGAUGUUUUACAAAUUUUUGGUCGUGCCGGUAGACCACAAUUUGAUACUUCUGGUCACGCUGUUAUUAUUACUUCCCAUAACAACUUGUAUCAUUAUUUAUCAUUAUUAACGAAUCAAAUACCAAUUGAAAGUAAUUUUAUCAGAUAUUUAGCUGAUAAUCUGAACGCUGAAGUUGCAUUAGGUACAAUAUCAAACGUGGAAGAAGCUAUAAAAUGGUUAAGUUAUACUUAUUUGUUUGUUCGAAUGCAAUUAAAUCACCAUGAGUACGGAAUUACUGCUUCAGAAGAUCUAAAUUUGGAACGAAAAAGGAGGGAACUGAUUGAUACAGCUGCUACAUCAUUAGACAAAGCUAAAAUGAUACGAUACAAUGUAAAUACUGGAGAUCUUAGCGCGACAGAACUGGGACGUAUUGCAAGCCACUUUUAUCUUAAAUAUGAUACCGUUGAAAUUUUUAAUGAGCUGAUGGAAGAUAUUAUGAACGAGGCUGAUAUACUUGCAAUGAUAUCUCAUUCUCAAGAAUUUCAACAAUUGAAAGUUCGCGAUGAUGAAAUUGACGAAUUAGAAAAGUUAUUAAACUGUUGCCAAGUUCCAAUUAAAGGCGGUGUUGAAAACAUCCAUGGUAAAGUAAAUAUUCUACUGCAAACAUAUUUGUCACAUGGUCCGGUUAAUACAUUUUCAUUGAUGUCGGAUCAAGCGUAUAUUAUACAAAAUGCAGUACGUAUAUGCAGAGCGUUAUUCAAAAUUAUGUUAGAAAAAAAUAAUGCGACAAUGGCUGGGCGAUUAUUAGAAAUGUCUAAAAUGUUUGAAAUACCACAGUGGGAUUAUUUGACUCCGUUACGUCAAUUUUCUUGUUUGCCAUCGGAGAUUAUUGAUAAAAUAGAGCAGCUAGAUCUGACAGUCGAUAGACUGAAUGACAUGGACGUUAAAGAAAUUGCAGAUGUUUUGCAUAAUCAGAAACAAGCGGCGUUAGUGAAGAAAUGUUGCGAAGAGUUUCCUGCAUUAGAAAUGGAAUCUAACUUGCAACCCAUUACUCGUACAAUUUUGAGAAUACGUUUAAAAAUAAUUCCUCAGUUUCGAUGGAAUGAUAAAGUUCAUGGUCAAACAUCGGUACCAUUUUGGAUAUGGAUAGAAAAUCCAGAAGAUAAUAUUAUUUAUCAUCAUGAAUAUUUUGUUAUGACAAGAAAAAUGGUUUAUAAUAAUCUUGAACAAGAACUUGUAAUGACUAUACCAUUACAGGAACCAUUACCUACUCAGUACAUAGUAAAAGCAACAAGUGAUCAUUGGUUGAAUUGUGAAUGUAUGCUACCUUUAACAUUUCAUGAUUUAAUUUUACCUGAAAUAUAUCCACCUUAUACUGAUUUAUUAACGUUGCAACCAUUACCAGUGAAAGCGUUAAAAGAAAAAUCAUUUGAGCAACUUUAUAAAUUUUCUCAUUUCAAUCCAAUACAGACUCAGAUCUUUCAUUGUUUGUAUCACACGGAUAACAAUGUGCUUUUAGGAGCUCCGACUGGUUCAGGAAAAACAGUGGCCGCAGAAAUUGCGAUGUUCAGAGUAUUCAAACAAUAUCCUAUGCAGAAAGUUGUAUAUAUUGCACCCUUGAAAGCUUUAGUUAGAGAGCGUAUAAAAGAUUGGAAAAUUAGAUUGGAAGAACGGCUGGGCAAAAAGGUAGUAGAACUAACUGGAGACGUAACGCCAGAUAUUAAAGUUAUAGCGAAUGCAAAUGUUAUUGUGACUACACCCGAAAAAUGGGAUGGUAUUAGUAGAAGUUGGCAGACAAGAACUUAUGUGAAGAAUGUUUCACUUAUAAUUAUAGAUGAAAUUCAUCUGUUAGGAGAAGAUCGUGGUCCAGUAUUGGAAGUGAUUAUUUCAAGAACUAAUUUUAUCUCUUCUCAUACUUUGAGAACAGUGAGAAUUGUUGGACUUUCUACAGCAUUGGCUAAUGCGGUGGAUCUUGCGAAUUGGCUUGGUAUUAAAGAAAUGGGUUUAUAUAAUUUUCGUCCAUCAGUACGACCUGUACCAUUGGAAAUUCAUAUUAAUGGAUUCCCAGGAAAACAUUAUUGCCCUCGAAUGGCGACAAUGAAUAGGCCAACUUUCCAAGCGAUCAGACAACAUGCACCUUCUAGUCCAUCUCUAGUGUUUGUCUCAUCGCGUAGACAAACACGAUUAACUGCAUUAAAUUUAAUUGCAUAUCUUGCAGCAGAAGAUAAACCUAAACAGUGGUUACAUAUGCCUGAUGAAGAAAUGGAUAGUAUUUUAGAUCAAAUAAAGGAUUCAAAUUUAAAACUUACGCUUGCUUUUGGAAUCGGACUUCAUCAUGCUGGUCUUCAAGACAGAGAUAGAAGAACCGUUGAAGAAUUAUUUGUUAAUAAUAGAAUUCAAGUAUUGAUUACUACAGCUACUUUGGCAUGGGGUGUAAAUUUCCCUGCUCAUUUAGUAGUAAUAAAAGGAACAGAAUAUUAUGACGGUAAAACAAAACGUUACGUAGAUAUGCCAAUUACAGAUGUACUACAAAUGAUGGGUCGUGCAGGUAGACCUCAAUUCGAUACUUCUGGGGUGGCAGUGGUAUUAGUUUACAAUUUAAAGAAAAAUUUUUAUAAAAACUUUCUGCAUCAGCCGUUCCCAGUAGAAUCAAGUUUAUUAGCAGUUUUACCAGAUCAUAUAAAUGCUGAAAUAGUGGCUGGUACAAUAAAAAAUAAACAAGAAUUUUUAGAUUAUUUAACAUGGACAUAUUUCUUUAGGAGAUUAAUGAAAAAUCCUAAAUAUUAUAAUUUAGAUGUUUUAAAUCCUUAUGCAAUUAAUGAAUAUUUAUCUUCUUUGGUGAAUAAAACACUAAAAGUAUUAAUCGAUUCACAGUGUGUUGACUUUGAUGAGGAAAGACAAAUCUUGUAUCCACUUCCGAUGGGUAGAAUAGCAUCAUUUUAUUAUUUAUCGCACCAAAGUAUGCUCAUGUUCGAACAGUCGCUACAAGAAUCUCUUACAUUAGAUCAGUGUUUACAUAUUUUAUGUGACUCUUAUGAAUAUAGUGAAUUACCAGUAAGACAUAACGAAGAAUUAUUAAACGAGGAAUUAAGUAAAAUGUGUCGCUAUACGGUAAAUAACUAUACAUAUGAUUCUCCACAUACUAAAGCAUUUUUAUUACUGCAAGCACAUUUCUCGAGGCUUCCAUUACCCUGUACAGACUAUACUACAGACUUAAAGUCAGUUCUAGAUCAAGCAAUUAGAAUUAUACAGGCAAUGAUAGAUACUGUUGCCGAACAUGGGUGGUUAGCAAGUGCACUUACAAUAAUACAGUUACUUCAAAUGAUUAUUCAAGCUCGAUGGAUUGAUGAACCUGCAAUUACUACAUUACCAUAUGUAAACUCAGAACAUUUAGAGUUAUUCUCACCUUUAUCAACAAUUCUUCCAGUAUUAUGUGCUACUAUGUACAAUAAAUAUAAUGUACUUGUAGAAGUGCUUGGUAAAGAGUUCCAAGAAGAACAGAUACAUCAAAUACAUCAAGUAAUAAAAGAAAUGCCAAUGCUUUGCCUUGAUUUAAGUUUAGCAGGUCAUGGGCUCAAUGAUACUAAACAAAAGUUUAUUUCAUUACAAUCCAAUAAUUCUGAGUGUAUAAACGUCCAUAAAGAUCAAGAUUAUAUAUUAAAUAUUGGAAUGAGAAGAAAAAAUAAGUCAAAUAAUUUAAAAGCGCAUUGCUCUAUGUUUCAGAAAGGAAAGGAUGAAGGUUGGUUUAUAGUUUUAGGUAGUAUUCAGAGCAGAGAAUUACUGGCUCUGAAACGAGUGAGUGGUAUAAGCGGAGAACGGAAAUGUCAUCAAUUACAAUUUACAGCACCAUCAGAUUUAGGGAAAACAACACUGACGUUUUACUUAAUGUCUGAUUGUUACAUAGGAUUAGAUCAACAGUAUAACGUACAAAUAAAUGUAAUAUAACAUAACUUAACAUUACUAAAUAAGUGAAGACUGAUAUGUGUGUAAGAAAACUAUAUUCUCUGUAAAACAGUGAAUACAAAUAAAAUAUUUUAAUAAUAAUGAUAUUUUAUUAAA